AUGGCGAUUGGGGCAUUAUUUUCAAAAACCAUCACUACAAAACCACCACUACAAAACCACCACUACAAAACCAACACUACAAAACCAACACUACAAAACCACCACUACAAAACCAACACUGCAAAACCAACACUGCAAAACCAAAACUACAAAACAACCACUGCAAAACCAAAACUACAAAACAACCACUACAAAACAACCACUACAAAACAACAACUACAAAACCAAAACUACAAAAUCGCCGCUACAAAACCACCACUACAAAACCAACACUACAACACCAUCGAUAGAAAACCAUCACUACAAAACCACCACUACAAAACCACCACUACAAAACCAACACUACAAAACCAACACUACAAAACCACCACUACAAAACCACCACUACAAAACAACCACUACAAAACUACCACUACAAAACCAACACUACAAAACCAUCACUACAAAACCAACACUACAAAACCAACACUACAAAACCAACACUACAAAACCAACACUACAAAACCAACACUACAAAACCACCACUACAAAACCAACACUACAAAACCAACACUGCAAAACCAACACUACAAAACCAACACUACAAAACCAACACUGCAAAACCAACACUACAAAACCACCACUACAAAACCCCCACUACAAAACAACCACUACAAAACUACCACUACAAAACCAACACUACAAAACCAUCACUACAAAACCAACACUACAAAACCAACACUACAAAACCAACACUACAAAACCAACACUACAAAACCAACACUACAAAACCACCACUACAAAACCAACACUACAAAACCAACACUGCAAAACCAACACUACAAAACCAACACUACAAAACCAACACUGCAAAACCAACACUGCAAAACCAACACUACAAAACCACCACUACAAAACCACCACUACAAAACCACCACUACAAAACCAACACUACAAAACCACCACUACAAAACCAUCACUACAAAACCACCACUACAAAACCACCACUACAAAACCAACACUACAAAACCAUCACUACAAAACCAACACUGCAAAACCAACACUACAAAACCAACACUACAAAACCAACACUGCAAAACCAACACUGCAAAACCAACACUACAAAACCACCACUACAAAACCACCACUACAAAACCACCACUACAAAACCAACACUACAAAACCAACACUACAACACCAUCCAUAGAAAACCAUCACUACAAAACCAACACUACAAAACCAACACUACAAAACUACCACUACAAAACCAACACUACAAAACCAACACUACAAAACCAACACUACAAAACCACCACUACAAAACCAACACUACAAAACUACCACUUCAAAACCAACACUACAAAACCAACACUACAAAACUACCACUACAAAACCACCACUACAAAACCACCACUACAAAGCCAUCACUACAAAACCAACACUACAAAACCACCACUACAAAAUCAACACUUCAUAAACAACACUAAAAAACCAACACUACAAAACCACCACUACAAAACCAACACUACAAAACCAAACACUACAAAAACACCAUAUAUAUGA